UUUCGAUAAUAAUAUAAACAGUUGUGUUAUGAAAGAAAGUUCAUGUUCAAACUUGAAUUGUAUUGAAAAACCUGUUUCAAGUAUUUCAGCAUUAGGCAGCUCCCAAUUAGCGUCAAAGUUUCAUUUUACUGAAGAUUGGAGCUUUGAGAUAAGAUCUGAACAACAGGGCAAUGAUGCAGAAGAUCCAGCAAACUUGGACAUGAAAGAUUCAUGGGUUAAAGGAAAUAUUGCAAGUGGUAUAGCUGAAAAUAGGCUUGAAAAGCAAUGUGAUGCAAUAUUAGAUAUCAAGGACAGAUGUACCAAAGACUCUCCAGUUGAAAAUAGAACAGGAAACCAAAGAAUUAUAAAUAUUGAAUCAGGACUAUGCAAUCGUACGAUGUUAUUGCCACAAAUGCAAAGUACACCUAAAAGCUGUGGGAGACAGAAAUCCUUGCAAACAAACAAGAGAAUUGAAGUUGCUAAGGACACAGUAAAUCAUCCUUCCAUUCCUAAUAAAGAUUUUAUUAAAGAAAUCAAAGAGACGGCCAAGAAAAAAAAUUCUGUGAACAACGGAGGCAAUGAAGAAUUUCUUGAAACAGAUAUAGAAAUGUCACUACAACAUGAAAAGUGUUAUGUUAAUUCUGAAAGUAACAAGGAAGAUGAUAAUGUAGACAACACAAAUAUGGGCAACAUCUUGCCCAACUCUGGGUGUUUAGAGAUUCUUAUGAAAGAAGAAAACAUAUCAGUAGGAAAGUCAGAAAGUUCUGUAACAUUUACAAACAACAUCAAAUCUCUUGAAAAAGAAGUUUGGUUUGAUGAAACACAGAUUGAUGACAAAAUUCAACUCUUGGUUGAUAAAAAUGUGGUUGAGGUAAAAGAAACAGAUGUAGAAAAGGGUACAGAAUGUGACGUUGAUGAAUCUUCCUUGCAGAAUAAAAUGUUUGAAAAAUGUGCUCAAGAAACUCAAUUCUUAUCAGGUGAACAUUUGGUAUGUGAAUCCAAGGCUAAGGUAAAAAAAUACAGUUUGAAUGAGUUGCUGUUGAUAAGCCAAAACAUAUGUGUGAAAGAAAGCAAAAUGAAAUCCUAUAUUGAUAAAUUAGAUCUUCCUCUUGAGGCAGUUCUUGUUGAUGAAGAACCAGAUGCCAUGCUGAAUCCUUUAACAGAUGAUUGGCAGCCAAGUGAUGCAUUGUUUGAAAUCAGUUAUGAACGGAGUCAGUCACCAUACAAAGACUUUGAAAGAAUGUUUGAACUAAAUGAUCAAGGCUUGAGCAAUGUGGAGGAAGAGGUUCAUGAUUCUGACAGAGAUCAACCAACUUGUAUGUUUAUCACCGCUUUAGACCAAACCAGCUGUGAUUCAGAGAGGGGCUCUAAAGUAUUUGGACCUCAUAUCUAUUAUGGCAGAAGUGCCUCAAGGUGUUUAAGAGGAACUAGUAAAAACUAUACCAUUGGUAACAGAGAACGGUUUGGGCCAAAUUAUAACAGUCAAAGAUUUCAGGCAAUACCAUGGACAGAAGUUGAAAGUGGAUAUGCCGAAUCUAAUUGUAAUAACUCUGCAUUGCAGUCUCAUUUUCGAACUAGACCAAUUGACAAUCUUAACAUUAGGGGUGAAGAUAAUAAGCCGUGGAAUGGUCCGCAAAGUGAAGAUUGGACAUUAGAAAUAAAAGAAAUAACAGUUGAUGCUACCUCUGCAAACAGUGAGCAUGCAAGUAUUGAAACAAACGAAGCAACUAUAAUCACUGAGCAAGCUGAAGACCAUGACUAUUGUGUUAAAGGUAAUACUUAUCUGAAAAUUAAACUCCAACCUUACCUGCCACCAAAGCCAGAUGUAAAUGAACAACUUGCUAUCAAAGCAUCAGCAAGCAAUGGAAACAUUGGUAAUGAUAUUGAAUCACAUCCGGAGAUAAUAACUGUGUCUGAAGGGAAUAGUUCAAGUAUACAUGCUGGUAAUACUUUACCAGUAGACAGUGUUGAUGUUAGUACAGAUGCUAAUCCUGAUCCUAUGUGCCCAUAUUUACCACCCCCACCACCAAUGGAUGAAAAUGACUCGUUUGUGGCAGAAUCAGGAGCUAAAGAUGUGGUAACAAAUGAAGUUUGUGAGGCUAAAAGUAAUGAUUCCCGCUCAAAUGAUCUAAGCAAAAAAUCUGCAACAAAGAUAUGUGCAUGGUUCGAUGAUUUAGGUACAGAUGAAACAAGUUCUGUGAGUUCAUACCAAACACAACCAGAAGCUGUUUAUUUGAAUAUAGCCAGCGAGACUGAAGUGUCAGAUCUACCUCUUGAUGAAGUUGUGGAAGUUGAGAACAGCAAAUCUAUUGACAAGAAAAAGGAGUUACCAAAUGAAAACAAGAAGAAAAGUAAAAAUUUGUAUGAGAUCAGUGGUGAAGAUUAUGAAAACAGCUAUGACUACUACGAUAACUAUUAUGGUCCUUGGUACACUGAGUCGCCCUAUGGGCACCCAUCGUACCAAAACUGGAUGGAUUGUAAUUACAGAAUGCAGCAGGCUUGGGAGAUGUAUUAUUGGCAGCAAGGGUGGUAUCAGGACUGGGUACCAAGGGAAAGAAGUUACCAUGGUAGUAAUCAGCAGUCAGCAAACUAUUCUCUACAUGAUAUGGCACAUCAGCAGUGGGCAAAGUCAUCUGGAUCAGAUGGGGCACAUCAGCAGUGGGCAAAGUCAUCUGGAUCAGAUGGGGCACAACAGCAGUGGGCAAUGUCAUCUGAAUCUGAUAGGUCACAUCAGCAGUGGGCAAAGUCAUCUGGAUCAGAUGGGGCACAUCAGCAGUGGGCAAAGUCAUCUGGAUCAGAUGGGGCACAACAGCAGUGGACAAAGUCAUCUGAAACUGAUGGGUCACAUCAGCAGUGGGCAAAGUCAACUGAAUCUGAUGGGGAUGGGGCACAUCAGCAAUGGGCAAAGUCAUCUGAAUCUGAUGGGGUACAUCAUCAGUGGGCAAAGUCAUCAGGAUCAGAUGGGGCACAUCAGCAGUGGACAAAGUCAUCUGGAUCUGUUGGAGCACAUCAGCAAUGGACAAAGUCAUCUGAAUUUGAUGGGGCACAUCAGCAGUGGGCAAAGUCAUCUGAAUCUGAUGGAGCUCAUCAGCAGUGGGCUAAGUCGUCUGAAUCUCAUGGGGCACACCAGCAGUGGGCAAAGUCAUUUGAGUCUGAUGGGGCAUAUCAACAGUGGGCAAAGUCAUCUGGAUCUGAUGGGGCACAUCAUCAGCAGUGGGCAAAGUCAUCUGGAUCUGAUAUGGCACUUGCAAAGAUGAAUCAUCAUGAUUCUGCUCAUCAACAAUGGGAAAAGUCAUCUGGUUCUGACACUGCACAUUUGCCAAUGGCAAAGAAUAGUAGUUCAGAACAGCUGUGGGCAAAUGGUGCAGAUAAGCCACAUAAACUGUGGGCAGAGUCACCUGUUAUGGAUAAUGCCUAUGACAAUCGUUCAAACAAGAUUAAAGACACUAUUGAUUGUAGAGUGCCACCCAACUUAACUGUCGAAAUAGGGUCCAAAGAUUAUAACAGUUUUCAGAGGGAUGUGAACCGUCGGCACUUAAGAAGAGAAAGUGAUUUUAAUGAUAAGAACCAUACACCUGAUACAGAACACUAUACAAACAAAAGUCUAAAAACUUGUGGGAAAAAUGCAACACAUGAAACCAGGAGAACAUUACCCUCUACAAUACUCCACUCAAAGGUCCCUAGUUGUGAAAUAGAGACAUCAGAACCGAUACCUUGUGUUGCUGAAAGUCACAUUAGACGUCAGAUGAGAGAUCAAGAAAAAGCAAGAUGGGCAACAAGUGAUGUAAUAUGUAGGUGCAGGCCGGAAGAUAUUCAUUUUUCCGUGUGGAGAUCAUGUUCAUGUCCAGUUGGGAACCCACCUUGCAUGAUCCGAACUGCCCCAAGUUUGCAUCACAUCAUGCAAGAAGACAGUGUUGAUAUGGGAUAUCAGUCAUACAAGUCUUUAGACCAUGAUGAUCAGGGAUUGCGCGGAAGGUUUGCGCAGUGUCAGCCUCUCUGUUCCACCCCAGUAGCAGAGAAGGAGUCAGGUGGGUGUGAAGAUUCUUGCAAUAUUAUACCACCACAUUAUACUGUUGUAUACCCAGGGCACACAGUACCACAGAAUCACCUAGACCAUAUCCGAGGCUAUUCUGAACAUCAGCACAGUAUUAAGUACCAAGAAGCAGCCAGGUCUUAUAACCAAGGCAGCAGCUAUACGCCAGAAGCAUCACAUACCACAAACAAUUAUCAUGGCCUGCCUUGUUGUGUAGCUUCCUCCGGCCGCCAUCUGGAAUCUGCUAAAAAUACCCUGCGUGAGGCAGAAAAAACUGACAGAAACCUUGUGGCCGCUCUUAGAAAAGUUCAUAUUGCCUUAAAUGACAACAGACUGAAGACACACAUGGAGGAAACUGUUUCUCAAGAAUUAGGACAGAAAAGUAAGAAAGAUGAAAUGGAUGAUGGUGAAUCUGGGAAGGACGUUAAUCACGACAGCUUUCACUCUACCCAUGCAAGGGAUUGUUUGAUGGGAAAGAGACAAGCUUCCGUUGAAGAGGAAGAACAAGAUGUUGACUAUAGAUGUAGCAUUUUGAAAGGAACUGGUGUCUCUUUGGCGUCUGACAUCCAAACUGACAAACGUAUGCCGACGUUGGCCUUUUCAGAUUUCUCUAGAGUCCAAAGAGGUGCUGCUGUUCAAAAUAUCUGCAGUGAUGAUAACUCAGAAAGAUUUGUUAUGCAAAUGAAUGAAAACGGUCAGCCUGUUUAUGAUAACAAUGGGCAAAAAUUAACUAAACUUAUGGAGCGCAUUCAUAAUACCACCAAAGGUGUAGUACAAUCAAGACCAAAUGUAAGUAAUGAAGAACAACGUAUAAAUGAAAAUGAAACUUGUUUUCCGGGCAGCCAAAGAUUGGAUCACAGAGAUGAUAACACAGGAAUCUCAAUAGCCCAGAAAAGUCCUACAGAAUCACCAAUCAUGCCAAUGUCUGCUGGCAGAGGUGUAGGCCAAUACCCACAGUAUCCCUCGCCCUAUCGCCCUUAUAGAGGUGCCAUGCGAUUUCAAGGAUCAGCAAAUGCUAUGGAGGAUAAUUCUGAAUUUAAAAAGAAUGUUAUACCAGCUUAUUAUUUGCCACCAAGAGGCGUUCUUCCCCCAUUUGCAGGAUUUCCAUAUGGUCCUCCCCCAUUUGCAAGAUUUCCCUAUGGUCCACAGAUGCCAUUUAGAAUGCCUGUCAAUGAGUCUGAAGCAUCCGUUUUAACAGGUCGACAAAUGCAGUAUCGCAGGCAAAGAACUCCACUGUUCAGUAAUCAUGCAGGUGUGGAUGUGUACUGCUCUCCAACUGAGCAGAACUUCAAUAAACAUAGUGGUGUAAAGAGCUCUCCUCACAUGGAUGAUCAUAAUCUACCUCCCAAUAAUGAGGAGAAAACGAAAAAAAUACAGUUAACCUCCAUUUCCAGACUUGCAGAAUAUGGAUCUAGUGAUGACGGUUCAGACACCUCCAUUGAAUCAUUUGACAUGGACUCCCUUGGUGAGGAUUCCAACAGGAAGUUACCAAAUUACCCUAAAGAACCCAAUUACCCUAAAGAACCCAAAUACCCUGAAGGACCCAAUAACCCUAAAGAACCCAAUUACCCUAAAGAACCCAAUUACUUUAAAGAACCCAAUUAUCCUAAAGAACCCAAUUACCCUCAAGAGCCCAAUGGAAUAGAGCAAGCACAAAAGAAAUUGAAGAUGAGCUCCUCUUCUCAUAAUGAUGAGACUAAUGUGCCGGCAGCAGAUACAAUUAGACGUCAACCCAUGAAGUUGAAACAAAAGACUCUGAAAUCAUUUUCUUCAGAGAGCAGUUGGACUCGACAGACAUCUUCCUCAAGAAAACCAAUUUAUACACAAGAAUAUUCAAGGUCGAAACCCAAAGGAGAGGUUAGUUUGAAGACCAGUAAAAGUGGUACCAGCUUUAAUUCAGGAUCACAGCUACAGGCAAACCAGAUAGGUUCACAGCCUGCGCAACCAGCAGUCCCAGUUUCCUGCACCCAGAUGCUGCUGCCACCACCUAAAUCCAGUCCGUUCUGGAGCUUCUGUCCACCACCCUUGAUCUCUGCACUUACAGGCAAGCCUGAGCAGCCCGACUCUGACAGCUGGGAGGACAAGGGGGAGAACAAGCCGGGGCGACAAUCUGGAAGAUUCUCGAUGUCCCCGGUUAAAGGCUGCUCACCAGGUAUCUUCUCCCCAGGGGACACGGACAGUGAUUCUCAGGGCACCCGCACCCAUUCGACCUGGAUCAAGAACUUCAAGUACUUCCACAACUACGGCGUGAAGUACAUAGACACCCACUGUCAUUUGGACUUCUUGUUCAGCCGUGAGAACUUCAAAGGUCGCACGCUGAAGUCUUACAUGGAGAGGCAUCCGGAGCUGUUUCCCGACCAGUUUGAGGGAUGUGUGGCCGUGUUCUGCAACCCACAAACCUUCACUCCAGGAGGAGGAUUAUGGCUGGAUGUGGCUGCAGAGUCCAACGUAUGGAUAGCAAUGGGCUGCCAUCCCAAGAUGGCCACCUCGUUCACUGCAGGGGCCGAAGCAGGGCUACGCAAGUGUAUGAUGCACGAGAAGUGUGUAGCGCUCGGGGAAAUCGGCCUGGACUACUCUGGAACGUUUUGCCAGCACAAAGAUGUUCAGAUGCAGGUGUUUCGCUGCCAGCUGGAGAUGGCCAUCAGUCUGCGCAAGCCUCUGGUCAUCCACUGUAGGGACGCAGAGAUGGACUGCCUUGAAAUCAUGAAGAAAAUUGUCCCACGAGAUUACAAAAUCCAUUGCCACUGUUUCACGGGUGCAUAUGAAAAUGCCAAGCUAUGGUUGGAUGCUUUCCCUUGCCUCUACAUCGGAGUUACUCCCCUUGUGACCUACCCCUCGGCGAAACCCAGCCACGAUCUUGCCAUGAAGAUACCCAUCACCAGGCUUCUGUUGGAAACGGACGCUCCCUAUUUCGUACCCAGAACAAUACCAAAGUGUGGCCUUGGGUUAUCCAGUCCUGGCCUUGCAGUGACAGUUGCUAAGGAGAUAGCACGUUACCAGGAUAUUCCUGUUGCUAAGUUGCUGCACCAAGUUCGACUCAACACGCAAUUUGUCUAUGGCAUUUAAAUGCAUAUAAUUAACAGAUCUGUUUGUUUGACAGCCAGACUAGUUAGUGUAUUAUUGUUGCAUUUUGAGCAUUUUAUUACUAAAAAGCUAUUUUGUUGCCUUGAAAUGUUCCAAAACUAUAAUUGGCUGUGCUCUGCGAAAAGGGGGUUUAAUGCUUGUUUGAUAUUUUUCGUUUCAAGAAAGUCUCUUCUUGGCAAAAAUAUAGUUUAGGCCGAAAGUGUCGUCCCUGAUUGGCUUGUGCAGACUGCACAGGCUAAUCUGGGACAACACUUUAUGCACAUGCAGUAAACAGCUUUUUCACAGAGCACGGCCCAAUUAUAAUUGGGGUAGACAUGGAAGUCUGUCUGUCUGUAGACACAAAUUAUACUUGUAUUCAGGUCUUCUCUUUAAGGUUGUAACCUGCUACACUCACACUUGCACGCAUUGUGUCUUAUGAUAAGAAGUUAUGCAUAUGACAUUUUUAGUAUCCUUUGAAAAAAUUACAAAAAGUUAUGGCUCUUUUACAACUUAGCCUUUCUAUUGCUUCAUAUUUACUGUUAUAUACAAUAAGCAAAAUUAUGUCUCUGAAACUUAUGAUUUACUUUUUUAUAUUCGGUGUGUAACACUGUUUACUAGUCCUCUGCAAAGGUUUGUUACAUUAUGCCCCUAGGUUAAACUCUUGCCCCGCCCAGUUGCCAUAAGGGUACAUGUAUAUAGACCUAUAUUUCACUUAAACUUAAAAAUAUUCUCCUCACAAAGCAUAAUGCACAGAAGUUUGAUAUGUCAUAUGUAGUGUUUUUUCGGCGUAGCUGUAUAAGCCAGCUUUUCACCUUACCUGACCUUUGCAAGUGUCCAAUAAAAUUCAAAUAAAAUUUCCCGCGGCUAGAUACAAAUGAAUACACUUCAUUUAUUCAAUUGGCUGAUUUGAACAUUCCACCAGAACAUUGGAAACAUGGACGCGUCUUUGUAACACUGUUCUACUGCAUGAAACAAUUGACCAGUCGCCAAAUUAUCGAUCGCUCCGCCCACAUAGUCACGUGGUCUAGUGAUUAGAAAACUCCGACAAGCAGAUCGCAAUUAUAGCGGAUUACGUGAGGGAAAUUCUAUAUUUGUAAUGAUGUAUUAUGCUCUUUUCUAUAAUAUAAAUUAUUAAAGCCGCACACUAAACUAAACUGGUUUGUAAAACGUUAAAACAAUCAUAAAUACUUUAGAGAGAAAUGGCGUAAUAAAAAAAAAUGAGUUAACGGCAGACUGACUAUCAGAAACGUUUCUUAUACAUAUUAUAUAGGGAGUUGAUUAAAAAUCCGUUGUAAAAAUGAGCAUUUAUUUCAUAUUGAUUUUGCACUUGUAUUCAAUCGUCUGACAGUGAACCCGGUGGCUAUUCAUAUAUAUCAUUUUGAAAAUAUUUUUAUUAAAUGCAAAUGACAUAUCCAUAUCAUGAUGGGUUUUUUGUUUAUUAAAAAUGAUUAGAUCUUUGUUUUAUUGUGUUAUUUUAAAAAAAAACACCGAUUUUUUUUAUUUAGAUAUAAAUUAAAUUUUGAUUGUAACCAUAAUUUAAUACAGGCCUAAUUUCGUGGUUUCAUUAACAGAUAGUCUAAUAUGCAUUUUAUUUCAUUAAUGUUUCAUGCGAACCUGUUACAUUUCACUAUCAAAAGAUGAAAUGUUGGUAUUACGGUGCUGUUCACGAACAUUCGAAUUGAAUGCAUUUAGCAUAUUAUGCAUUUGCUUAUUUAUAACAAGAUGGCCCUUAUAUGUUAAUUGCAAUUUUCACAUUUCUCCCUGUAUCAAUAUAUGUUGUAUUAGAAAUGUUGUUGUUGUAUUAUAAGCCGUACAUUUUACACUUGAAGUCGCUUUAAGCUGGCUAAGCCGCGUUGAAAUCACCUUUUUGUUGUUUUUACUUUAGUUAAAACAAUAUUUUAGUUAACAAUUUAUAAUGAUUUCCCUUGUUUAUGAUCCACAGAAAAUAAAUAUAUAAUUGGAAAUCAUUUAAGUAAUUAAAUAGUUUUCUUUUCUUGUGUACAGUACCUCACAAUGCCUUAAUGCUCCUUCAUUCUGAGAUCCACGCAACAUACUGUUAUUUAUUAAUCAUCGACAAUAACGCUGAGAUUAAUAAGCACGUGUGGCAAUUAUUACCGGUAUGUUGCCCAAACUGCUUAAUAAUAUUGUGCAUCAAACGGUAUAACACGUUUUAUAGAACACACACCUGGUAUGGUUAAACUAUUGUGUUUGUUUUCUCAUUACUCGUUCAUAUGUUCAAGAAAUAAAGAUAAAAUAAUAACCUUUUAUAAAGUACGUAUAGCACCUACAAUUUUGAAUAAUGAUCGAACAGUAAUGAUCAUGCAUUUGAUAUAAAAUCUGUGUAAACUCUUAAAAAUUACGUCCAUUCCAUAUGUACAACACGCUUUGUUUGUCGGACAAAAUGGCGGCCAGAUAAGCGUUGCUGAGGGGUGUGUGAAAAAUCAAUAUCUGAUUGGCUGAUCGAAAAAUAUGGGCCGAGCGAUCGAUACUUUGGCGACUGGUCAAUUGUAUCUCUAAUGAAAAGGCUUGAUAGAUAGAAAAGUUUUACACUCAACUCUCGACAUCAACGCACCUUUUAUUUUCAGAGGAUUGCUAGCGCCAGUAUCAGGGUCAAAUCGCGGCCAGUGAAAUAAUCGUUAUAUAAUAUAGACGCUAUCGGGUGAACAAGGUGAAGUGUUUGGGUUAUCUGGAAGACUUGUGGUCAGCAGCAAUAAAUCACUUUCUCGGGUAAACCUUCUCAAAGGGUCAAUCUCAGCAUGUUAUCUCAUUAACAGCUACAGACCAUUAUUGUAUUGCUGAUAAGGGCUGAAGUCUAUCUGACUCAAGAAUCUGGCAUAUACCCUGGACUGUGGAAUUUUGUUUAGACCAGAAAUAUGUUAAAUGAAAAUAUUCAGCGAUGCAAUUAUGAUAUGUCAAUUUUUUUUAAAGAUAUUUCUUGUUGGUUCUCAGCACAAUUUAUCCAAAUCAUGCCCCUAGGAUCAAAAGUGGCAAUGUCCCUAGGGUCAUAUAUUUGAUCUAGACCUAUUCUUAAAAAUACUUUUAAGAAUAGUUUUCUCAGAAAUCACAAUGUUGUAUAACAAGCCAAGUGAAAAUGAUUAUGUACAAACAGCAUAAAGCCAGAACAGCCUGCGAGUAACUCGAAGUCUGUUCAGGUUUUAUGCUGUUUGCUGCUCAUCUGUAUCUAAGGAUUGGAAAUGAAGCCUUGAACAUUUGAAUCUAGUAAGAAAGGUCUUUAAUUAAAUGUUGCUUUCUGAGAGACUACAAAUGCCUGAAAAUACGUAUCUAAGUGGUAAAGGGUUAAAGAGGAAUCAGGAGUAAAAACAAAUGUUUUAACUUGCUACAUAUUAUGGCAUGUUGUGAGCUACUCUUCCUUACUUUUGUGACAAGCUAGCUUCCGGAUUUCCUUGUCGAAACCUCUUCCACUUGCGUAUUUAUGUUUAGACAGUGUAUCAUUGGAAACCAACAUGGUCUUCAGUGACAGGUUAGGGGUCAACAAAGUUACUUUGUGUUGCAAAUGCUGCAGAUGUCACAUCUUUGACAAGUUAUGUUGUGCAUUUCAUUAUGAAAUCUUCCUUUGUACACCAGAAGAUGUUAAAAAGAAAAAUAAUCACCCUUCCUUGGGUCAACAUAAACUAUGAAAUAUGACAUAAAUAUGAUAUAAACUCAUGCCAUUACAUUGUCUAUAGACAUUAAUGUAAAUGACCCUGACAGACUAAAGCUGAAUAGUUAUGUUCUUAAAAAACAUUCUUGCAUUUUGCUGUGUAUGAACCUGUUGAUAUCUUUGCAGCAACCUCAAAAUAACGAUCCGAGCCAAGUGUCUUUUUGUCUGUCUGCCAUGUUUGUAGUUAGCCUUCACAUUGUGUACAUUGCAGGACAUAUGUUAAAAUUGUUCCAAACAUUUUUCUCAAAAGCAAACAAACUUGGCCAUCAGUUGUCCUUUUAUGGCUUUAUAAAUAGCUUGUGAUCACUCCGCCAAGGUUACAUUUUUUGCCUGAUGAACAUGAAGCUUGGUUGAAACGUGUGUGGAUGAGGUCAAUGUCCCAGGGGCUAGAUAGUCAGAGGUUAAUGUCCCAGGGGCUGGAUAGUCAGAAGUUAAGGUCACAGGGGCUAGAUAGUCAAGAGGUCAAGGUCACAGGGGCUGGAUAGUCAGAGCUCAAGGUCACAAGGGCUGGAUAGUCAGAGCUCAAGGUCACAGGGGCUGGAUAGUCAGAGGUCAAGGUCACAGGGGCUAACUAGUCAGAGGUUAAGGUCACAGGGGCUGGAUAGUCAGAGGUCAAGGUCACAGUUGCUGGAUAGUCAAGGUCACAGGGGUUGGAUAGUCAGAGGUCAAGGUCUCAGGGCCUGGAUGGUUUAAGGUCAAUGUCACAGGGGCUGGAUAGUCAGAGGUCAAGUUCACAUGGGCUGGAUAGUCAGAGGUCAAGGUCACAGGGACUUGAUAGUCAGAGGUAAAUGUCAUAGGGGCUGGAUAGUCAAGGUCACAGGGACUGGAUAGUCAGAGGUCAAGGUCACAGGGACUGGAUAGUCAGAGGUCAAGGUCACAGGGGCUGGAAAGUCAGAGGUCAAGGUCACAAGGGCUGGAGAGUCAGAGGUCAAGGUCACAUCGGCUGGAUAGUCAGAUGUCAAGGUCACAUGGGCUGGAUAGUCAGGUCAAGGUCACAGGGACUGGAUAGUCAGAGGUCAAGGUCACAUAGGCUGGAUAGUCAGAGGUCAAGGUCACAGGGGCUGGAUAGUCAGAGGUCAAGGUCACAUGGGCUGGAUAGUCAGAGGUCAAGGUCACAGGGGUCGGAUAGUCAGAGGUCAAGGUCACAGGGGCUGGAUAGUCAGAGGCCAAGGUCACAGGGGCUGGAUAGUUAGAGGUCAAGGUCACAUGGGGCUGCAUAGUCAAGAGGUCAAGGUCACAUUGGGCUGGAUAGUCUUGAGUGAAAGAAAAACCUACCCUCCUGAGAUAGAAGUGUUUGUCACAGAGGCAUGCAAUGUUUUAAAAAAUAUCUUUAUAAUUGAAUGUAUUGACCUCUACGUUGCAAAUCAGAGGUUUGUACAUAUUAUGCAAUACUUUUGUAAUACACAUCUAAACAAAAGUCUUGUGUGGCCAAUUCAUAAACACACACAUAUUUGUGUGUAGUGAGAUUUAUAAAUAUAUAAUACAUCUUUUAUCAAUUGUGUUAAUAUGUUAUGCUGCUUAUCAAUUGUAUUAAAAUGUUUACCAUUAGUAACUUAAAUAGGAGGUAUUUCAAGUAACAUGUAAGCACUCAGCAUGUGUUAUUCUUAUAAAUUUUGUUGUAUGUGUGUCAGCCCAUGUUGAACACAUAGUCAGAAGAGUAAUAAGCAUCGUUUCUAGUCAUUAAUAAGAGUUUCUACUGCUUUAGCAGUUUGUUACAUUUUUGAACAUCCAAAGUUAUUCUUGUUCAUGAAGACUUGGCAAUGUUUAAUGCCUGCUGCGAUUCGGUAGUGGGAUAAGGCCAAAAAUAAAAUGAUGUUCUUUUACUCUUCUCAACCAACAGUCUGAAAUGGCCACGACCCGAAUUAUUUUUCGGAUUCAGAGUUAGAAAAAUAUUUUAUUUCUAAUAAGUUGUACCAAUGGUAACAGAUUGCCAUGUUAACAAAUCUAACCUAUAAGGCGCGCUUAUGUACCACAAAAUAAAGCAAUCACACAAAAAGUGCUUUUUUCAGUACAUUAUAAAGAAGGAAAAACAUCGCUGCUUCAUACAAUACACUUGCAAAGUUAUUGUUUAUUUACUGUUACUAUUGUAUGGCCAGCCUAUUUAUGCCGGUCGGAAUAUACCUGCGUUUAAAAAAAGUUUGUUUAUAUUUAGGGCAAUUAUCUAAUUAUUCUUGCUACACAAGUUUUGAAGGGUUGUUUAAAUGUGGUUAUUUGGUUUGUUCAAUUCUGUAUGCAACAUAAUGGUUAUCUUGUGUUCUGAAAAAUACAGAUUUUAUUUUGAACAUUUUGUUUAUACCAGAUUUAAAUUUGUUUUCUGUAAACAGUAUUAGGGAAACCAAAGUCUGUAAAUUGAUCUCUGUUUUGUAUAAUUUGUUAACUUGUUAGAAAAUAAAAAUUGUUUUGAAAUGGUAA